CUCCUCCUGCUUAUUGAUCAUCUUCCCGGUUUCAUAAUUCAUACCCGAACAAAAUCAACAGUUCCGAUCGAGUCUGCGACGAUGGAGAAGAGAGAAAACGGCGUCGUAGAGCACAUGCAGAUCGACCGGUCGGCCCCUUCCUGCAACGAGACCUCUUUCUCUGCCCUAUUCCAUGAAAAACGAGAAAAGAAGUUGCAAGAUGCUUGGCCGAUGCUGGAAUCGUCUUUCGAAGAGUUUGGCGUUUCAUGUGCACUGAAUCUGGUUGAGCGUUCCCUGAUAGUCUCAAUACAACCGGAAGGACUAAGGGCCGGAAUUCUUUUGAUAAGGCUACACGCGUCGUUGAACUUUUGGCAACAACUCAUGUUCCACCAUAUCUGGCAAUAGAAAUACUAAAUGGUGAUCGGAAACAUAUCCUCAUCAAAACUGGGAAUCAACAAGGUGGGCUUUGCUCCAUAUAUGGGAUCAAGAAGGAUCAAUUUGUUAAACAACGGGAAUGUCUUGCCUGCUCCCUAGAGGCACUUGCAGCACUGACAUUUUGUUAUCUUUUUCUUAAUGAAGACACUGUUGCUGCAGUGGGAGACCCUCUAGCUUUAAUGGCAAUCAGGAAGCUUGUGUCGUAGGCUGCAUUGUUAACAAUGCGGAUCCUGCAACAACUAUCAAUGAGGUUAAAACUGUCUUGAGGAGGAGACAAGGAGUGGAAAAUCUUCAACACCCAAAUGUCGAUUACUUGAGAAUGGAGAACUCUGGCCCUUCCUUGGAUCUAUAUGGCAUGCUUGAAGUAACCUCUUUCUCUAAGACCUGCUAUAUAGGCCGAGAAAAAGUGGUGCAAGAAGCUUUGCCAUUUUUGCAAUCGUUUUUAGAAGAGUAUGGCAUUUCAUGCACUCUGAAUAUGGCUGAGCGUUCCAUGACACUUUCAACUACCAGAAGAACCAAGGAUCCUGAUGUUAUGGACAAGGCUGUCAUUCUUGUUGAGCUUCUGGCAAGAACUAGUAUUCCGGCAUGUAAGGCAAUAGAAAUCCUGCAUGGCCGCCUGCAACAUGAAGUCAUCAAGACUGAGUUUCAAGAAGGUGGACUUUGCUCUAAAUAUGGAAUCAAGAAGGAGCGAUUUGUUAAAAACAAGGACCGAUUCAAGUGCUACUUGCAGACACUUGCACGCCUGUCAAAGUGUGAGAUUUACAUUAAUGAAUCCAGUGUUGUUGCAGUGGGAACUUCAGGUGCAGGAUUAAGGCGGUUCAGGUCAAUUGUCGAGUGCUGCUUCAUUAAAGAUGAAGAUCCCGCUACCAUUGUUAGGAGGUUGAAAUUGAAUGGGGAAACCUACCGAUUAAUGAAGAAGCUUGAGGCUUUGUGUUUGUGAUAACUAAGCUGAGCGCAACAGGGCGGAACAUAUAUUUGAUUUGACAACCCCUGUUCAAAUAUUGUACGUGUUCACAAUUUUUAUCCACCUUAUAAUUCAAAAUCUGAAAAUGUUCACGAUCUCC